AUGCUGUUUAUAGAUGAUGGUUUGAAAAGUGCUAAAGUGAUACGAAAAUCAUUCAGACCUUCCAAAAUAGAGCGAGAUCGCCGGCAGUGUGUCGCCGUAGCAUCUUCUUCGGAAUAUGAUCCGGAAUUGGAUGACGUUAUUGUAAAAAGACAACAGGGAAGAAAAGAAUUUAGUAAAAAUAAAAAGCAGUUUGCAAAGAAUCUUUCUUUGUUCGAAGCUAGCCGUUUAAGAACUAAGAAAGAUUUGAUGAAACGGAAUGUCAAAUAUAUGGUUUAUGAAACUAAUCUUAAAUUGAACGCCGGUAAAGCAAAACAACUAAUAAGUUUUAUGGAUGAAAAAAACCGUCGUCGAAAAAAUAUUUUGAAUAAAUUGCGCAAACAAAAUGAUGGAUUGAGAGAUCGUAAAUGGCGUCCUAAGAAGUCGAAUAACAAUUCGGUGUUUACUGAUGAAGAUUUUAUGAAAAUCGGACCAAACAGAUUGAAAGUAGGGUUGACUUUAAAGAAUGUCUCAUAUAUUUAUUAUUUCUUUUUUUUUCGCUAG